AUGCAGUCCAUGUUCCGCUUGCCAUGGAGUACCGAAUCCCCCGCCGACAAGUUCAUGGACAAGGCCGCUCUGCACAAGCCUCGCCCUGUGUCGCUCGUCGAGAUCCCCAACCUCGUCCACAAGCUGAAGCGGAAGCGCUCCCACAGCCCCGAACCCGCGCUGCACCCCGAUGCCCACGCAUGGAAGAAGUGGAAGGGCCCAAUCGCCGCCGCCGCCGCCGCUGCUGCUGAAGGCCCGACCGUGGACCCUAACCCUGACCCUGCCAUACCUACGCCUUCCGUCGCGGCUACCUCCAACCCUCUUCUGGAUGCGCCGUCUGAGCCUCAACCUCUGCCAGUCCAAGGCCCCACACCCACCACCAGCACGAGCACCGGCACCACCAUGGAGUCGUCCCUUUCAAGCGUGCGGCAGGCCAUCGAGGCGCAGUUCAACCUCGAGAUUCUCGUCAAGCACAAUGAAUUGCGCGUCAUCGAGCAAGAGCUAGCAAAGUGCCAGGUUGCCCUCGAGCAGCUGAGACGCUGUUCGCUGAUCCCUUUUCCCGGUACCCAAGGCCCCUCCCAGGACGUCUUGCGCGGUGUAGGCGCUGCCAUUCAACCUCCUACCGGCUACACAACACCCCAGUUCGCCGCCCCUUGGGGCGUUACCGAUGGUCCCUACACGCGACACUACGCCAAAUGGUUGCUUUCAGAUCCUAGAUUUGAUCCCAUUCCCGAGCACGUGCUUGCUCAGCAGUCUCAGGCGUCCUUUGGGUACGGUGAGGGCCGCACGACGCGCGGAAGCUUUGCCGACUUCUGCGCUACCGGCAAGGCCCGCACGUCGCGAACUUCGACUGGAACGUUGAAGCUUCAGGCCCUUGGUGAGAAUCCGCCACCGGCCCCCAAAAUCGACCCUCUUCUGCACAAGCGCUCCACGGAUGGUCAGUGGGUUCGUUUGUAUUGCGCCGAGUGCGGUCACAGCAACUUCUCCAACACGCAGGGCUUCCUCAACCACUGCCGCAUCAAGCACCUUCAGGUCUUCAAGAGUCACGAUCAGGCUGCCAUUGCCUGCGGAAUCCCCGUCGACGUCAACGAAGCUGGACAGCCCGUGACCGCUACCGAACCGCCGUCCACUGUGGCCACUACCCCUGCCGCGACCUCCAUUCCGACCCCCGUGGCCCCUGGCUCCGUCCAUCCUCUGGUUCGUUCGGAUCCUCCGCAGUCGGCACCGGAUGUGCAUCGCGAAUUCGACGCACCUCCCCGUUCCAAGGCUUCGGAGAGUCGCCCUACCCGCAAGGUGGACUUUACGCAGUCAUCCUCGACCCCCUACCUGAACUCCUUGCUUGCAAAGCGUGGCUUCGAAGGGGACCUCAAGGGUCUCGUGGAGAGCGCGCGGACCAGGGUAGACCUCAGUUCGUUGGAGCCUUCGGAUGAAGACAAGGAUGUCUCCGUAUCGGCCACACCCACGGUCGAGAGGUCUGCCCAGGCGCUCGUCCGCGUUCCGAAUGGCACUAGCGGGAUCGCUCUCAGCAAAGCUGCGAACGUCUGGUCGGGAAGGAAAGGCCAAGGUAGUGCCCCGAGCCGUCUCCCUGCGAUGCCGGAUGUUGCCUUUCCCGGCCCUGGCCGUGACGUGUCUUUGUCCCCGGUCGAACUCAGUCCGCACACUGUCGAUUCCAAUCCUGGAUUGGUUAGCGACCACGACGACGACGACGAGGAGGAUGGAUACGAUGCCCGAAGUCAGCCAGACGUCAUCAUGGAGGACCAUGUUGUCGUCGAAGAUGCUAGCGAUGUGGAAGGGGCCCAUGAGCGCGCUGGCUCCCGAAAGGUGCUACCUGGAUGUUUUGAGAAGGGCGGGCCUAGCCAAAAAGCAUAG